AUGGGAAUGGCAGUCGACCAGCACGUGUCGUCAAGCCAACCGCCCAGACGUUCACCAAAGGCUGUGAAAGAGAUUCUGCUGGCUGGUGAUGCAAAUCGCUUGGUGGCAGAGCUGACUUUCGUAGCUUGGAUGGUACGCAUCAACGACCUUGCGGCGCCACCAGACAAGAUCGAUGUUUUGCUCUACCUGGAGCCCGUCGUCGCCUUCACGAUCCUGGCGAAUGGAGUCAUGAUCGGCUUUCAAAGCUCGGAUGACUAUCAAAACUGGCCAGGUUGGUUUUGGUUCGAGGUGGGCUUCGCCUUGGUUCUGAUCCUGGAGUGCUGCCUGCGGAAUUUUGUAGGUGGCUGCAGAAACUAUUUCUGCGGCGUGGAAAGGAUAUGGAACUGGUGUGACAUCGGCUUCAUCGGCACCGCCAUAACAGAUCUACUGUUGGAGCUCCUCCAAGUUGACUCCGGGGCAAUGUUCUUCACAACUCUGCUCCGCUUUGUACGGCUGGUGCGGCUGACGCGGAUAGUGAAGGUCUUCCGUCUCCACUGGAUGAAAGAGCUCCGCUUAAUGCUCAAAGGACUCAUUGGCAGCAUGCAAACGUUGCUGAUGGCGUUCGUCCUCCUUUUCGUGGUGUUAUAUGUCCUUGCCGGGCUGGCGACAUACACGCUGGGCCGUGAUGAGGUUCUCGAAGGGAAAGACUAUGAGCUGCAUGCCCUCUUCGAGAACUUGCCCGUGCAACCUGGCUAUGAGGAUACCCUCUUUCAGCGAGAAAGCCGGGAUUCGUACCUGGACCUAGACCCGCUUGCCACAGCUGUUGCAGCCUUUCAAGCAUUCCAAAGAAAUCUCUUCUGCUUCUCUGUCAAUUCCAUCGCCAUGGCGUCAGCGGGUCGCAUCCUACUGUGUGCCCUGAUCCCUGUGCUCCUCUCCGCCGUCUCGGCCCUGCGACAAGCCCAAGAAGGUGAGCAUGCAAGCACAGUGUUGCAGGCACACGUAUCUGGCCAAGAGUCCAAGUGGACUCAGUGUUGCGUCACAAAGAAUACUGGGAACAUCGAAAUCCAAAGCCCCACUUUCCGGAAAGAGGCAGAGAAGAUCCUUCAAGACGUCACCUACACAGGUGCAUAUGGCACGUCUGAGGCCUUCCACACGGACUAUUACAGGAGGCAUUGCAAGGAUGCCCUGCAGCUCGAGAGUUGCCCCUUCUUGUUCAAGGAAGGUUUCAAGAUCUACGAAUACGCCGACUCCGGGGAUCUGAUCAAGAGGAUCGACACCUUCCUCGCAAAAUACCAUUUUGAGUCCGAGUCUUAUACUUGGAGUGCACCAGAUUGUCCUUACAGCAUGGAGAAGGCCACAGAUUUCGGCCGAUGCAAAAGUGAUCUCGGGCAUUUCAUGCAGCUCCUGGAUCUAUGGAAGGAUGGACUUCGCCUCAAUGAGCAAGUGAACCGAAACAGCGGCUGGCGUGGCUACUUCAAAGACAAGCAGUCCAAGGAGCUUGCGAAGAAGCAGCUCGACAACGUCCUAGCACGGCUGGAGAAACUGUGGUCGAUGUUCACGGCAUUCCGGUGCUUCACCGGGCAGUGCGAGACAAUCGAAGGCGCGAGUCGGUCGUGGGACUUGGCAUACAUCGGACAAUCAUGGUCUCGAACCAGGGUUGGUCAGAGAAGUCCAGUAGGAACCUUCGGUGCUGAACAUCGACAACAGAAUCGAGGUCGGGGCUUGAUGUUCAGGCUGAGAUACCUUUCUGUCACCGCCUGUGGGCUGUAG